UCACUUCCUGAUUGAGUCAAGCGCCAUUUUUCCUUUCAGGAGGAGGGUGAUGCGGCUUAAAUUUAGUGAAGAACAAAAAAAAAAAAAAAAAAAAAGAAAAAAAAAAAAGAAAAAAAAAUCACGGGUUGUUUAUUGCUGUUGGGAACGUCGUUGACGUUCGCAGCAGUUGGAUGCAGAUAACUUGUUUCAAGUUGAGCGGUUUUUAUAUGAGCUGCAGUGACACUGGAGGGGCGCGUGUGGGUUUGUGUACAUUUCAGCCGAAGACAAGAGAGAGAGAAAACGAGCUAGAGCUCCCUCUUCCAGAACUGAAAGGAAAGGCAACAUGUUUCAGCUUCCUGUGGUUAACUUGGACAAAAUCCGAAAAUCUAGGAAGAGGGUAAAAGAGGUUUUGUGCGACAUUGGACUUCAGCAUUGUAGAGAGCUGCUUGAGGGAGUUCAAAGCUUUGAUGCAGGAGAUCAAUAUUUCAAUAACACAACAUGGUGGGAUCUCUCUGAAAGCGAGUCACAUAGGAGACGGAAGCCAAGGUACCGCUCCAACACGUUCUGCUGCAGCCAGUGCAAGUUUUGUACAAAAAGAUUAUGCGCCUACAAAGCCCACGUCCUGCGUUGUCAUGAGGAGGAUGAGGACACUGAAACUCUGGCUGGGUGCCCUGUCUGUCCAUUUGCUUCCCAUCCUAAAGUCAUCAAUCAGCACUUUAGGAUCUUUCAUACUAUGCCACGGAAGAAUCUGGCUUCACAGUCUGUACCCAAUUCUGACCCGGCGCCUCUAAAUGCUGUGGAUAGAUUCUCCUGUCGCAAAUGUUUCUUUCAGGACUCUUUGUAUUACUGUAUGAAGAAGCACAUUUUAGUGUCUCAUUAUCCUACCUUACUGAACAGUUACUAUGGGCAGCGAUCAGAAAAUGAAAUUGCGUCUUGUAGGGAAAGUGGAAUACCCCCCCUCAAAUUCUACUGUAAAAUCUGCAAUUUGCCUGCUGACAGCUCGGAGGCUUUGCUAUAUCACAUCUUGACGUCAGAUAAGCACAGAGAACUGGAGAUUCACUUAAAAGCCUUAAUUCAUGAAAACACAAAAACAGGGAAAAGAAACCAGAUGAGGGUCCCACAGAUAGCUCCUAAGGUGAAAGUAUCUCAUCAGGUUCUGAAACUCUCCAUGUUGUCUGGAACUAGUGGGCGGCAGCAGCAGCAGCAGCAGCAGCAGCAGCAGAUGAAAACUGUUUCACUUCAGCAGAAUAAACCAUCUCAAGUCAUGGGGCCUCCCAGACCACCUGCAAACACCCCAGGUGCUGUUGCUGCUGUUGCAAAAGCUCAACUUCCAAGCCCUCCUGUUUCUCUUACAAGUCCUAUCCACACACCUCUGGGUCCACCAGCAAUCCGUACGGUUCCUGGAGGUGCAGCAACUCUAAUACGUGCUCCUGGCAGCACUCAAGCCUUCUACCCAGGGGGAUCAACAUCUGCUCUCAUACAGAUGGCCACAGCAGCUGCUAGGAGCUCAUUGCCUUCCACUUCGUCCGUCACAAUCAAUUCUCUGCCUUUUAGAAGGGCAACCGCUACCUUACCUGCUCCAGCCCGAGUUGUGACGUCCUUGGUACAGGCCUCUAGCCACUCAGGGUCUACUGCUGUCGGUUCUUCCAAGCAAAAUGUCUCAUUGCAGCAGCAACAGCGCCUUACUGUGGUGCAGACAGCGGUUCCACUUAACAAAUUGGGGUUACAAGCACCAGGUACUCAGCCCCUCGUUGUUUCCUCACAAAGACUGAACCAAGCAAUUUCAGCUGUAAACCAACCCAGAGGUGCUAUGCUGGCCUCACAGUCUCUCUUCAGUCAGCUGAUUCCAACAGGCAAUAAAGUGAAUGGCUUACCCACCUACACUCUGGCACCAGUUCAGGUGACAAUGCCAUUGCAGUCUGGAAGUGUGCAGAACCUUUCAGCGUUACCAGUGCCGGUGCAGAUCCCCCAGGGAAAUACAGUUUCAAAGCUCCAGACAACUAAGCCCAUUCAGACAGUCCCCUGCCAGCCUAAUACAAACUCCAAGCAGGCUAAACAGUGGAUAACUUGCCCUGUGUGCAACGAGCUGUUUCCCUCCAAUGUGUACCAAGUCCACGUUGGAAUAGCUCAUAAACAGUCUCCUACCAAUAGCAGUAAUGUGCUGCAUAGGCUUGCAGCCCGGGCACCAUUUUUGAAGAAGAUUAAAGACAAAACCCUCAAAUGCCUGCUCUGCAAAACUUUGAUUUCAGAAAAAGGACUUUUUGAACAUUUGUUGCAUGGCUUGAACUGCUUGUACUGCCCUGCAAUGUUCAGCUCUGUUAAACAGUUAGUGGAGCACACAAAUUCUGAGCACAAUACUAAACAAAAAGUAAAUAAUGAUGUCUUGAAUAAGGAAUAUCGGCUUUAUACUGAUGACCAUGGGGAACUUGUAUUUCCCUAUUUUGAUUUGAACACUGCUGCAUCCAAAGAGCAAGUGGGGGACAAAGAAGUUCACCUAGCUCUUGUCACAUUAACUCUGGAGGUCAUCUACAUUAAGGUGCAUAUUGAGGCUGGUCGGCCAGUUUGCAGAAUAACUCAGAAAGCCCAGACUAAAGAUUGCCCUUUUUGUCCUGAGAAGUUUGAGAGCUCUGAGGAAUAUGAACUGCAUCUGAAGAUAAAGCACCACAUAAUGCCUACAAUCCACACCAUUUUAAAAACCCCAGCUUUCAAAUGCAUCUAUUGCUGUGGUGUGUAUACAGGAAAAACUACUGCAAAAGCAAUAUCUGUCCACGUGCAGCGCUGUAGGUGUGCUCCCAAGAACACCAAGGAUUUAGAAAGAACAUUCAAUCCAGACUGCAGCAUUCCAACAGUCGUGUCUGUGAAUGGAGGAUCCCAGAGGUUAGUCGUAGUGCCAACGAAACAAGAUUCUCAGAUGACUUCCAGUUCCCAGGCAGAAAAUCCUGGCUUUCAGAGUAACCUUAGGCUUGAGGUGGCAAGGAGAGACUCUGCAGAUGCCAGUGCGAGAGAAAGAGAACUUAUAGCUACAAAAAGGAAGAGGAUUGACUCAGAUGGUGGUGCCCUGUCUUCUACACAGGAGGAGCCUCUAGUGCGUCUCGAACUUGACCCCACUGGCUUCGAAAUGCGUGCCUAUGAGGCCCGGAAAGAGUUCCUCAAUGACUAUUUCAACAAAAAGCCGUACCUGUCCAAAAAUGAGGUGGAAGUUCUUGCAUCCCGCUUAUGGAUUAAUAAAACUGACGUGGCUUGCCACUUUGGUUCCAAACGUACCAGAUGCUUAAAAACCAUCCAAAAAACCAAGGCAGUUGUCCUGUUAGGAUUUAAUAUGUGUGAACUAAAGAAAGUAAAACAUGACCUAAAUGUUGCUGAACUGAAUGAUGGUUGAACUGUUGUGAAAUUAAGGAUUUAAGAAACUCCACCCAUCCUAAAAAAUAUAUAUGCUAGUACUAUUUUUAUUACAUUUUAAAUCUACAGUUAAAAACAAGUUACCCAAAGCAAAAGUGCAAAUAUGUGUUUUGCCGCAAAUGCACAAAGGACAGCAGUGCCGACUAGAAAUGAUCAAAACAACAAGAACUAAUGUUGACAGACCUGGAAACUGACUGUUAAAUCACACUUGAUUCUCAUUCUGAUAACACUGUCUUCUCCAGGACAAAAUAAAGUUAUGUGCUCUGUGGAAACUGAAUGCGCACACACAACACAAGUACUAAUACAAAGUAGCAAUGUCCACAUGAGCCUUUUUUUUUUUUUUGGUUUGUUUUUGAAAGUGAGUCAUGAUGUGUGUUCUGUGUUCAGUAAAUAUCGGACUAAUUAUCCCCCUAUUUUGUUGCAAUUAUGUACAUUUUACAUAGUUAUAAUCCAGUUAUAAACUGGCUUGUUACAGAGUUUUUAUUUUUAUUGACCUGUGGCCCAUGUUAUGCAGUAUAAUUCUGCUGUUUCUUUGUUGUUUUUGUUUGUUCCUUUAACUUAUGUGAGAGGGAAAUAUAUACGUGAUCAUUGCAUUGCUUAUGGUUUUCUGUACUCUUUGUAUGCUGAGGCCCAUUUUUAUAUUCUAUAUACUAUUUUUUUUUUUUUUGGUAUGGUCAAUCCACCUUAUUUAAAAGCUUUAGAUUCACUAAAACAAGAAAUAUUCAAACGUAGAAAACUUUUUAUAAUGUGUUAGACAAAAACUAAAUGCUUAACAGUUGCAUUUUAUUUAUACUUAAAACAGUUUAAAAUCCAUUGGUUAUAUGUUUUGCUUUAAAUUGUGCUUCAUAAUUUUCUACAUGAAAUGGUAGAGUCUCACACUGUGUAAUGUGAACAAUUAUGUUUUGGCUAGCAGAUUGUAAUAGUUUUAAGGUCUACAGGGCAGAGAUGGAAUGUGUGUAUGCGCACUGGCCCUAUGUUGUGGACAUCUAAAUUGAGGUAACAACCUAGCAACCUUUCUCUUGCUUUGCGCUGCACUGAAGAAUGCUGGUAAAUUUCAGUGUGGUGGUUUUUAAAGUGCUUUCCCCUUAAAAUAUCAUUGCCUCACAAAAGUCCUGAACAAAUGAAGAUUUACAUGACACAUCCCCUGAAUGUCAGUCUGUAAAGUAAAAGAAAAAGGGUAGCUUGGUUCCACCCCAGACCAUGUAAGCCUUAAAAUGAUUUGUUGUAAAAAUAAAUAAAUAAAUGGCAGUAUUGGGGUGGGGGAGUUGCAUUUUGCCAUGGGAAUAGACAAUAUCUAUUUAUAUUACAGUACUUAGGCACUGUUCAAAGUAAAAUGGGAAUGGCUUCCAAGAAGUCGUAUACCACAUUACUAUUGUGCAGAUUUUUAUUUAUAUAAAUUAUACUUGUUUGUUUUAUUUG